AUGAGAGAGUUUCAGACAACGAAGAAGCGUCUCAAUAUUGUCUUCCUUGGUGGCCGUCGGGUUGGGAAGACAUCGUUGUUGUCGCAAUGGUCUCAGGGAGAAUUCCCGAGUGCAUAUUAUCCGACGUUCGAGAACACUGUGGGGAAGGAGGUGACAUUUGGGAACCGAAUCUACGACUGUAAGGUCACUGAUACAGCGGGCCAUGAUCGAUAUACCCCGCUGUCUCCUACCCAUGUUGUUGGUAUGCACGUAUUUGUGCUGGUUUACUCGUUUGAAGACGCCGGAUCGUUGGAAUUGGUCUCGGCUCUCUACGAGAAGAUCUUGGAAUUUUUAGGGUCCACCAGACAUGCCCGAGUUAUCAUGGCUGGGAACAAGGCCGAUACAUCUCGACGAGAGAUAUCCUAUCCAGAGGCCCACCAACUCGCACAGAAACUGGGCUGCCCUCAUCUAAUAUUGAGUAGCUACUGGUGGCAAAGUAUCGAUCAACUAUUCGAAGAGUGUACUAUAGGCGGUGAACGGAGAAACCGCCAGCCUCCAACCCGCACAUCAGCAACAGCCAAGCCUCAAUCUCGUGGCUUGUGGUUCCCAAGCAUCGACUUACUAUCUUCCCUGCUUCGCUACGCUUCUCGCGUCACCUGGCCCAGCUCCGCGGCAAACACCACCUCAAUACCAGAGCCCACUGACACCUACCAUCAGAUUCAACGUCACACCAAGCCACACAGCGAGGAGGAAUUGCAUGGCUCACAGGCCCCCAUCCCAAUUACGACGCCAUUGGAUUACGAUCGUCCAACGCGUAGUUCAGUCAGGGGCUACUCAAUAAUGUCAACCUCAUCCGGCGAAGCCACCCUCGUAUCUACGUUUGGUCCAAAGUCACGCCUAUCGGCCUCAUCCAGCAAGGGAAGGGUGCGGGGUGUUGACGCGGGACUUGCACAAGACUUUACGAACCUAUUUCGCUCGAUUAUGGAAGAUAAAGUGACGCUGAAGACCUUGCUGGAAUUUCGGGGACAUGAUGCUCAGGUGGUUCUGAACGCUCUGCAAUGGGUUCUGGAUUCGCGGAAAGCUCAGCCGGCGGAUAAAGGAAUGUUGCUGAAGCUGCUUCUUCGACUGUCGAAGCAUUCUGGGUCCUAUCCUCCGUGUCUGGCGCUGAAAGGAAUUAAGCGCGAAGACGACUAUCCGGUUACAUCAGGACACUUUGGUGAGGUUUGGAGGGGUCGAUACCAGAAGCAGAAAGUUUGCUUGAAGGUGGUCAGGGUGUAUCAGCGAUCGGAUGUUGAGCACUUCCUUCGGAUAUUCUCUCGCGAAGCUGUGAUCUGGAGUCAACUGAAGCACGACAAUGUUCUUCCUUUCUAUGGCGUCUAUGAACUCGACGAGUCUCGUCGACUUUGCCUGGUCUCUCCUUGGAUGGAUAACGGAAGUCUUCGGGAGGCCUGUCCUAUCUUCAUCAGCAGGGAAUGGUCCAUGGCGAUCUUAAAGGGUUCUGGACGUGCCUGCAUAGCGGACUUCGGGCUCUCAAGUCUGGUGGACGGCGAGAUGCUUCGUUGGACAACAUCCGAGAGUACCGGACUAGGCGUUGGUGGCACAUCCCGCUGGCAAGCUCCAGAACUGUUCGAUCCCGAUAAUGAAUCGAGUCGGCCCACGUGUUAUACGGAUGUUUAUUCGCUUGGUUGCGUUUUCUACGAGAUCUUCACUGGAAACAUCCCAUUCCACGAGACAACACGCGAAGCCACAGUGAUAUCGUACGUCAUGGCGGGGAAGAAACCUUCAAGGCCAGUCAACAACUAUAUCCUGUACAGAAUGGAGUACGGCAUGCGGGAGAUAAUAUGGUCAACUAUCGAGAAGUGCUGGUCGAGGGACGUGUCCACCAGACCAUCCCUGGACAGGAUCUUGAGUCUCGAGGUCUUCCAGGACGCUGUUCGGAAAGACCUCAGGCCCAAUGGCCACUUAAGCUGGUUGUCGACAUCUGAGUUCCGCCAUGCGAUUCGAUUUACAGAGAAUGACUUCCUUUGA